AUGGGAGCCUGCCAUUCAUGCUGCGGAGGGAGAGCCCGCGAUGGGCUUUAUGAGCCAGUUCUCGCCGAUAGCGAAAGAGAAGCCGUUGCCGACCUUCUCCAGUACCUUGAAAAUCGGGGUGAAACGGACUUCUUCUCAGGCGAACCCCUUCGAGCUCUUAGCACCCUCGUCUUCUCCGAAAAUAUUGAUUUGCAACGAAGCGCAAGCCUCACUUUUGCCGAAAUCACGGAGCGAGAUGUUCGCGAGGUCGACCGUGAUACCCUUGAACCGAUCCUUUUCCUCUUGCAAAGCCCCGAUAUUGAGGUUCAGCGCGCCGCCAGCGCAGCACUAGGGAACCUAGCAGUCAAUACCGAGAACAAAGUUUUGAUCGUCCAGCUUGGUGGACUCACGCCACUCAUUAGACAAAUGUUGUCGCCGAAUGUUGAAGUGCAGUGCAAUGCAGUUGGAUGCAUCACGAAUUUGGCCACACACGAGGAGAACAAGGCAAAGAUCGCUCGCUCUGGCGCCUUAGGCCCUCUGACGAGGCUGGCAAAAUCGAGGGACAUGCGAGUUCAGAGGAACGCAACUGGAGCUUUGCUCAACAUGACACAUUCAGGCAAGACGUCUUUAUUUUACGAGAAUCGCCAGCAACUCGUUAAUGCCGGGGCGAUUCCGGUUCUUGUCCAACUUCUCUCCUCGGCCGACGUCGACGUCCAGUACUACUGUACUACGGCUCUCAGUAACAUCGCGGUCGAUGCUAACAACCGACGCAAACUUGCUCAGACGGAGUCAAAACUCGUCUCUUCGCUGGUCACGCUCAUGGAUUCAUCAUCACCCAAGGUUCAAUGCCAGGCAGCCCUCGCCCUCCGCAACCUGGCCUCGGACGAGAAGUACCAACUCGAUAUUGUGCGAUCAAACGGCCUUGCACCAUUGCUUCGACUUCUGUCCUCUUCCUACCUACCUCUAAUUCUUUCCGCCGUCGCUUGCAUACGGAACAUUUCGAUUCACCCCCUGAACGAGUCACCCAUUAUUGAAGCUGGUUUCCUGAAACCCCUGGUCGACCUGUUGGGCUCUACCGAGAACGAAGAAAUUCAGUGCCACGCCAUCUCGACCCUUAGGAACCUUGCUGCCAGCUCUGAUCGUAACAAGGCUCUCGUCCUUGAUGCUGGCGCAGUUCAAAAGUGCAAGCAGCUUGUGCUCGACGUGCCGGUUACGGUUCAGUCUGAGAUGACUGCCGCAAUUGCAGUCUUGGCUCUCAGCGAUGAGCUCAAGUCUCAUCUUCUCAACCUUGGUGUCUUCGAAGUUCUUAUUCCCCUCACUCAUUCGCCUAGCAUCGAGGUCCAGGGCAACAGCGCUGCAGCGCUUGGCAAUCUCUCUUCCAAAGUUGGAGACUACGCGGUUUUCGUUCAAGACUGGAAAGAGCCCAACGGCGGUAUCCACGGAUACCUGACGAGAUUCCUCCAGAGCGGUGAUGCUACGUUUCAGCACAUAGCAAUCUGGACCCUGCUACAGCUGCUCGAGUCCGAGGAUAAAAAUCUCAUUCAGUUGAUUGGUCAGGCACAAGACAUUGUCGACCAGAUCAAGGAGAUCGCCAACCGCCAAAUCGAGCCAGACAACGAAUUCGAAGACGACGAUGAAGGCGAAGUUGUCAACUUGGCGCAGCGGUGUCUUGAGCUGCUCGGCCAGAGUGGCUCAAAGUCUCACAUUGAGGGUUAA